GCCGCCGGCGCGCCGGGCGAUGCAGCUGCCGCCCGCGCUGCACUCCCGCCUGGCGGGGGGACCCGGGGCGGCCGAGCCGCUGCCCGUGGAGCGGGACCCUGCGGCCGGGGCCCCGCCCUUCCGCUUCGCGGCGCGCCGGGUGCGCUUCUCGCGGGAGCACGAGUUCUUCGAGGAUGGGGACGUGCUUCGACACCUCUACCUUCGGGACGUGCUCACGCAGGUGACCGAGGCGCCCGAGAGGCCCAGGGUGCCUGAGUUCACCUGUCAGGUGGCAGGCUGCUGCCAGGUGUUCGACAGCCUGGAGGACUACGAGCACCACUACCACACUCUGCACAGAAACGUCUGCUCCUUCUGCAAACGGGCCUUCCCCUCGGUGCACCUGCUGGACAUCCACAUCCUGGAGUGGCAUGACUCCCUGUUCCAGGUCCUGUCCGAAAGGCAGGACAUGUAUCAGUGCCUGGUGGAAGGCUGUGCAGAGAAGUUCAAGACCAGCAAAGACAGGAAAGAUCACCUGGUGAGAUGUCACCUCUACCCUGCGGACUUCCGAUUUGAUAAACCAAAGAAAAGCAGAGGGUAUGCAAGCCCAGCCACACCUGUGGCUGCCGUACAGGCGUCAGCAGAAGCUCCGGGGCAUGACGGGGAGCAGUCAGGAGGGGACGCCAUGGAAGUCUGCUCUGAACACGCGGCCUCCCUCCCAGAGCCCGUGGGCGAGCGACGGACCUCCAGCCACAGAGUACCUUCUACCAUCUGUUUUGGUCAAGGUGCAUCGCGAGGAUUUAAAAGCACCAAGAAAAGAAAGGAAAACCAGUGACAACGUGGACAGAGAGCCAUGGACUCCAAGCUGACCCUGAGCGGGCAGUGGCCUUCCGCAGCACAGGGCAUCAGUGAUGCACUUUCUCUCGCCUUCUGGUGUGGCUGCCCUCAGACCCAGGCCUGUGCCACCCUCUGUGUCAGCCCAGCUCUGUGUCGGCGAACGGCUGUGUGACAGCAGAAGCACUGACAGACCCAUGGAUUCUGGAAAUGGCCCCAACAUAUGCUCUGGUGACUGGAAUGGGGGCCCGCUGUGCCUCCUCCCUCUGCAGGGGCCGCCCUGAGGAUGUGCUGUAUAAAUACAUAAGUAUUUGCCA